UUUAAUGUAGGUUUCAGAUGCAGACCACAUUGACAGAUUAAUAUCAUGCCUGUACAUGGCUAUGCCUUUCUUUCUGAGAGGUGCAUCGGGCAGCAAGUUUCUUAACUAUUUGAACAAACAAAUUAUACCAGUUUUUGAUAAGCUUCCUGAGGAACGAAAGCUAGAUCUUCUUAAAGCCCUUGCAGAAAUAUCGCCUUACACAACACCACAGGAUUCAAGACAGGUUCUACCUUCUGUUGUUGUUCUAUUAAAGAAGUAUAUGCCUUUGAGGAAGACUGGAGGAGAAGAAAUGAACUUUACUUAUGUCGAGUGCUUGUUGUUCUCUUUCCAUCAUAUGGCUCACAAGGCCCCCAAUGCCACUAACAGUCUAUGUGGUUACAAGAUAGUCACUGGUCAACCAUCAGACAGGCUUGGAGAGGAUUUCUCUGAGUGUUUCAAGGACUUCACUGAGAGGUUGACUACUGUUGAGGACCUAACUAGGGCAACAAUGAAGAAAUUAACUCAGGGAAUGGCUGAGCACAACAAAGCAAUGGCUGCCGCUAAAUCUGAUGAAGCUAAGGAUAACAUUAAAACUCAAAAACAGAAUACUACAACUGGGCUACGGACGUGCAAUAACAUUCUGCACAUGUCAAAGCCGUUACAUUCAAAAACACCUUCAUUUAUUGGAGAUAAGAGUGUCAACCUCUCAUGGAAAGAAGCAGUAAAGCCUUCUGUGACCUCGACAACUGCAACUGGAGGGAAACGACCUGCUGCCAGCAAUGGUUCUGGCAAUAUGGCAGCAAAAAAGGGCCGUGGAUCUGGAGGCUUGCAAAAUCAACUUGUAAAUAGAGCUUUGCAAGGAAUAUCGCAAGGUGGAAGGGGAGGUAUGAGGGGCAGGGGUAGGGGUGGUUGGGGUGGACGUGGAAGGGGAAGAGGCUAUCGGUAACUCUGAAUAAUGUCGGCAGAGGUGUAAGAACAAUGAAAAUUCGGAAGAAUAACUGUGUAACUGAAGAAUACAGAUAGAUGGGAUUUGAUUUAUUGUAAUUCUUGUCUGUUGAAACAAGUUUUGAUUGACAGAUAACCCCGUGAAUGAGUUUCUAGAUUAAUCAUGGACAAACAAAGGCAACUGAGUCCCUCUGGUAGGAGUACAACUUGAUUGGCUGAGGAUGUGGGUUUCCUUUCCGGUUUCUAUCAAAGUAGAAGUUUUAGGACCAUUUCAGGAAAUUUGCAUGCUUGUUGGUGCGUGUAUUCAUUAUGCAUGCAUGUCCAUUGGUCUGACCAUCUGUAGAAUUUUACUUAAUUUAAUUUGGUUUGUGGUGAACA